AUGCAGAGUAUUGACCGACUCAGCAGAACGGCGGCCGCCGAGGAAGAUGGCGCCGACCUCAUCGGCUCCGACACGCCGCGCUCGGGCGUUGCCACUCCUCAGCCCGACCUCCAAGACAAACGCCUGCCCGGAAUCAUGAGCUACUUCGGCCAGGUUCGUCAAGACCCUUCUGCCAGCCAGCUGUCCUCCUCUGCCCGUACGCAACAUGAGAGUGGCGCGCAGGCCGCUUGUCCCCAUGCGCCGCAACCUCACGGUCCUCCCGAGAGCCCGUUGCGCUGCUGCAGGGCAAGUCUUGGUGCCCGCCCCCCCGCGCCUCCGGUCGGCGCCUCGCUUGACCCCAAAGCUGUCCAGCAAGCGCGGCUGCCUCUUCACCCAUAUCCCACCCCUCCCGCAUCACAGCCAUCUUCCUCCGGGGGGUCCAUGUCGCAGGGCGUGUGCCUGUCCAACGCCAACGCGCGUGCCUCCUUCACACUCGGCUCUCGUACUGGCAAGGAGUCACUCGAGCAGAGCCAUUCCCUGGCCGCGGACGCUUCGUCUGAUGCCAAACCGCAGGCCGACCAAGGUGGUCUUCCUGCUUCGUCGCCCUCCCACCGUCAACGAUCCCAACCCGUACCCUUGUCUGCCGAUCCGGACCAAGUCACAGGUCCUAGCAAGUGGUUCUCGUUUGAGGGACUCAAAGUGCUAACUCGUGGUGUGAUUUUCAAGAGCGGUCCUCCGACUCCCACGAGAGCACUGUCCGCUGCUCACUCAUCCCAGUCCGACGGCAAGGAGACCCCCACCCGGACGAGCAACGACGGCGCCGAUGCCAGUGGCAUCCAACCCCCGAGAAGUACCACGGGUGCCCAGGCUCCGCCGACGAAGGGCAAGAUGACCAUCAAGAUCACCGAGGCACGGGGCUUGCGCAAGAGCCGCGACCCCUACGUCGUCGCCGUUUUCCAGCGGAGCGAGCUCAUCUCCAGCGGCCCCAGGCCUUCCGAGGAUGGCGACAGCCUGAACCCCCCGGCGUCCGCCAUUGGCAGCAUCCCCAUCCAGCGGCAAGGCAGCGACUCUGGUCGUCCGAUGGCCAUUCCCAUGCGAAGCCGCCAGAGCUCCAACACCAGCAUCACCGAUUACAGCAACUUCAGGAGCCGGACCCCCGGCAGCAGGGCGCCUUCCUCGAACCCGAAGUGGGACGCCGAAGCGGUCUUGUGCGUUCCGAGCCACGUGCCCCGAGCGGCGAUGGAGCGUGAGCUGACAAUCUGCAGUGACGUCGUCGAUUCCGACAUGCUUGUCAACGUUUCCGUCUACGAUCACACGGCCACGGGCGAAGAGUUCCUCGGUCACGUCGAUCUGCAAGUCACAAAGGACCACGAGGCCCCCAUCAGAGGCUGGUUCGCUCUGCGAGGUCACGCCGACACCGUGGCCGAGAACGCACCGACGGGCGAGAUUUUCGUCGAGGCCAUGUAUCAGCGGUCCGAAAGGCGCCACUUCGGGCCCAGCGACUUCGAGAUCCUCAAGCUCAUCGGCAAGGGCACCUUCGGCCAGGUCUACCAGGUCCGAAAGCGCGACACGGAGCGCAUCUACGCCAUGAAGGUGCUCCAGAAGAAGGUGAUUGUCCAGAAGAAAGAGGUGGCCCAUACCGUCGGGGAGCGCAACAUUCUCGUGCGAACGGCAACCUCGGACUCGCCCUUCAUCGUCGGCCUCAAGUUUUCCUUCCAGACGCCGUCCGAGCUCUACCUCGUGACGGACUACAUGUCUGGCGGAGAGCUGUUCUGGCACCUGCAAAAGGAGGGUCGAUUUGACGAGAGGCGCGCCAAGUUCUACAUCGCCGAGUUGAUCCUGGCCAUUCAGCACCUGCACAACAACGACAUCGUCUACCGCGACCUCAAGCCCGAAAAUAUCCUCCUCGAUGCCAACGGACACAUCGCCCUGUGCGACUUUGGCCUGUCCAAGGCGAACUUGACGAAGAACGACACGACCAAUACGUUUUGCGGGACGACGGAGUACUUGGCACCCGAGGUUUUACUGGACGAGUCUGGCUACACCAAGAUGGUCGACUUCUGGUCCUUGGGGGUUCUGGUCUUCGAGAUGUGCUGUGGCUGGUCUCCGUUUUACGCCGAGGACACGCAGCAGAUGUACAAGAACAUCGCCUUUGGUAAAGUUCGCUUUCCCCGGGACACCCUCUCGCAAGAGGGCCGGAACUUCGUCAAGGGAUUGCUUAACAGAAAUCCCAAGCACAGGCUGGGAGCGACGGAUGAUGCCGAGGAGCUGAAGCAGCACGCCUUCUUUGCCGAUAUCGACUGGGAUCUGCUCACGAAGAAACUCAUCACGCCCCCGUUCAAACCGAAGCUCAAGUCCGAGACGGAUGUGUCCUACUUUGAUCCCGAAUUCACCAACGCCCUGGCCCAGAACGGGUCGUUGAAUGAGCGCGCGGCCGCGUUGGCCAGAGGUUAUGCCGCGUCGACGCCACUCUCUCCAUCUGUGCAGGCCAACUUCCAGGGUUUCACCUACGUCGACGAGAGCGCUCUUGAUGACCAUAUGAGAGACAGGUACCAGAACGACGAUGAGGAUAUGGAUGAUGCCCACAACAGCCACGACGAUGACGACUGGGUCAACCUGGACGACUUCGACCCUCGCAAGGCCAACGUCAACCGGAUGAGCGGCAUCUUGAAGUCGUCGGCUCCGGACGAGCAUAUGAUUGGCGGCUCGCAUUUCGAAGUUUGA